GUCCUGGUCCCGUCCCCAGGCUGUCACUGAUAACUUGAAUGAACUUUGUCCACUUCCUUAUCAUUAAACCAACAGAGGUUUCCCACUGAGCAGACACAAAGGACUAGCAGCGCAGCGGACGCCAGGUCUCCCCUCCGCAGCGCCACCAUGUGCACCGGGAAAUGUUCUCGCUUCGUCGGCCUCUCGCUUCUCCCCAUGGCGUUCAUAUCCAUCAUCGCCAACCUCCUGCUGAUAUUCCCUAACGGCGAGACGAAAUGGACCGACCAUAUCACACUCCAAGUCUGGCUGAUGUCCGGAAUCCUGGGCGGAGGUCUCUUUAUGCUGUGCCCGUCAUGUAACGCUAUCCGCGCCGGCGGUAAGGGCUGCUGUGGAGAGGGCUGCUGUGGAAACCGCUGCCGGAUGUUACGCUCGGCCAUAUCUUCAAUAUUUGGAGGACUUGGAAGCUUUUACUGCGUUGCGGUGUCCGGGACGGCUCUGAACGACGGACCGCUGUGCAACCUGAACAACCAGACCGGCAACCAGGCAAAGUGGGGCUACCACCUAAAGGGCCUGGAGAAUAGUUACUUAUUUAAUAAGACGUCAUGGGAUGACUGCAUGCAGCCCCCUAAGGUCGUACUCUGGAACAUCGUGCUUUUCUCCAUCCUCUUGGGCAUCGGAGCUAUACAGUUUGUCCUAUGUGCCAUUCAGAUUCUCAACAGUCUCUUCGGGGUAAUGUGCGGAGACUGCAGGAAAAAAGGGAAAAAUGAAGGCUGAAAGGAGCGACUCUACGAUGGGGUGUCUGACCGCUGUCACCUCUGACCUCUGUCUGUAACCCAACACUUAUUGACGUUAUAAUGACGUGUCUUAUAAUGUGGAUUUAAAGAAAGAAAAUCCUGAUCCCCUUUAUGCAGAAGAAAACUUUUUUCAUUGUCAGAGCAGGUUUAUUUUUGGUAACUUUACUGGCAGCAAUCGAUGGCUGCAACUCUUGAAAUAUAAUCUUUUAAUAUUAA